CUUAGAGGAGCCCCAGUCCCUGUGGCAGCGGAAUGAAGUGGCACAGCUGAAGUGGAACAUAACCUCGUCGUGACAUUUCCCAGAAGCCAUGACAUGUCCCUGCAGCUGGAGGCCUUUCAAGCGUGGCCCAGGAGGCCUCAAAGGCCUGAUGCAGCCUGCAAAGGAAGAGAAGAGCUGUUCUCACGGAAGGAUCCAAAGGGCUCAAAGGUGAAGGGUGCCAUCUGCUUCUCCGCUGAUUCAGAAGAUAAAGAGGAGAAGUGUCCUGUUUCAUCCAUAUUGCUGGUCCUGA